AUGAAUCACAGCUCCUCCUUUGCCUCUUCUGCCACUGCGCAGACUGCUCCCGCAGUUUCGCGGACCCCUACCCGACUCGCGGUGGGCGAUAUUCUUGGAAAACAGCCGGAAAUCCGUCCAGGGCUCUCUGUUGCUGGCUUGGGGGAAAGUAAAGUUGCGUCCAGCUUUGCUCAGCAGCCUCUUGGACGGGCUGCGACAAUGUCGAGACGGAAAGUUAAUGAUGCGGUAGGAACGUCUCUGCCGAAGGAGUCAGACCGGGAGACACCGUCUUCUCCGAGAGCGAAGGACGAACGACUUAGUGCUGGCGAUAAGAUGGGAGGCGUCUACGUCUCGAAAACAACUCUCUCCCUCGGGGAGGGGGGACUGAAACAAGCAGCAGGUCUACUGAAGUCGAAAUCGGGGCUCGCGCCAUCCGAGUCCGCGUCGGUGGGCGCGCCCGCUCAUCAGUCGAGGAAAGACGACACGGGGACGAAGGCCUGGAUAGAGAAACUGCGGAGUGAAACGGCAGUUCUAUCCCGGCAACAACCGAUUGAGCGACAGAAAACGGCACGCCUUGCAGAAUCAGCGUCUACAAAGAAACUCGACACGGCCUGGUCGGAGCCGCCCCAGGAGGUUCUGGAGCCCGAACUGGAUGUUGGUGAUGGAGACGAGCUGGGCGAUGAACCAGGGGACUAUCGGGUUCCCGUAAUGGACGGAAAAUCUUUCAAACCAAGCGAUCCCCGCGUGUGGAACGGCGAGUGGCUUCAUCGAAGGAUAGUUAACCCCGUCCAUAGCCGCUCGAAUCAGGAGCGAUGCGCUUUCACACAAUCCAAUGAUUGGCUCAUCUUCGCGCUCCAUCACCAAUACGUUAGGCCUUUGCGGUCAUCAGACUGGCUGCCAGGUGAAGCGUGCGUCAGCCAACGGGACUCUUUUCAGCUGCCGCCUGGAUCAGCCAAAUAUUCGUCGAGCUCGCUGGGGAUCCCUCAAACUGCAUGGGAACCCUUUAUCUUCCCCAACCCUCCUCGUCCAUUUCUGCUCCGGAACAAGGCGUUCAACUCCUCGGCUAAGACUUGGAUUCCGUCAAGAAAGGUGAAGGCAGGGCUGGUAGGAGGCGCCGAGGAAGCCUGCAACCUCACACAGAGCGAAUGGCUGGAUCUUGAAAGAAUGCUCUGGUUCGAUCCGGAGCCUCGUUUGGAAAAGCCCUAUCGUCUGUAUGCCGAUUCGAAAACGUGUAUCAAGGGAUCAGUAUUGGACAUUGGCCACAUGAUGCGGAUCGGCUGGUGA